GAAAGCUAGUUUAUAUCUAACUUCGAAACUUUCACAAUAUACAUAUUCUCCUUUGUCUAUUGAAUAUCUUAAUUAGCUUCUUGCACUACAUGGAGCUUCAGUUAGGCCUGGCCCUCCCCACUCACAACAAUCCCAUUGAGGGGUUCGACCUUAACAACCCUGGUUUAAUAAAGUCAAAACAGAUAGUGAGUUUAGACUUAUGGAGACCCAGUUGCGGUCCUGAAGGCAAAAAUCAUGUCAAAAACAAACGCAGCUUUGAUGAGUCCUUUGGACAUUUUUUGAAACCUUUGCCUUUGCUAGUUUGGAGUGGACAGCCAAACGAGGAAGAUGACCGAAGUGAAAAGAUGCAAAGAAACAUUCACACAACAAACAAGAACAACGAAGAAAAUCAUUUGGUGGGGUGGCCACCAAUUAAAUCAUGGAGGAGGAAAGAACUCCAUCACGAGCAGCCUGCAAGAGGCCAAAUCAGGAACGAUAGGAUGCAAGCUAAUGAGAAUCGAAGUGUAGGAUCGAACUCUUUGUAUGUCAAGGUUAACAUGGAAGGGGUAGCCAUAGGAAGGAAAAUCAAUUUGAGGCUUUACGACUCUUACCAAACACUAACAAGCACAUUGAUUAGCAUGUUUGCUAAGUACCAAAAAUUUGAGGAAGCUGGAGAAAGUUAUAAAGUCACCUUUCAAAACGAACAAGGGGAUUGGCUGCUAGUUGGACAUGUUCCAUGGCAGUCCUUCAUCGGUACGGUGCGGCGUUUGGUGAUGGUGAGGAAUGGAAAUGAAGCUACUUGACAGUUUACAAUUUGUAUUUUGAUGCUGUUUAUGGUGCUCGGUUCGGUAAAAAGUAUUUGCUUGAAUAGGUUGAGCAAAAGCAAAGUAUGAAAAUUCAGAUUACAAAUUACUUGCUUCAGCUUUGAUUCUUUAAUAAUUUUGUAUUUGUUUCAAUCACAAGUAACCUGAUCGAACUUUCAAAUUUCAACAUCUGCCAAAUAAUCUUUCUAUUUUAUGUAAAAUGGCACGAAUGU